AGGGUAUAAGGAACCCAAACUUUUGGACAGAGUGGGGUCAGUUUGUCCUCUUAGUCAUUGUCCUCUUCCCUCUUUAAUGGCUUCUGGUCUGACUAGCUGGGGGUGAUUUGGGGGUGACUCAGGCACCCUGCACACCCCCAGAUUCUCUGGAAAUGGCAGGGGGUGGUGUGUUAUACAGCCUGGCUGUAAGCACCAGUGGGAAGGGGAAAGGUGGUUGCAGACCCAAUGGGGGGACAUGAUUCCCCAGUGCAGCCAAGGAGAGGGUACUAGAGUCUGUGAAGGAUCUAGGAUGUGAGGGCCAGAGCUGCCAGGCUUCUACUCCUGCCUCUACUCCAUUCCCUGCUGAGCCCUGCAGCCUGGCCCUGAGCCAGCAGCAGGCUCAGCAGGUCCCAGGGGUGUGGUGGCGGCCAGUGGUGGAGCCAGCCUGCAUGGGCCAGGCAGGUAGUGGAGGCAGCACAGUCCAUUGGGAACAGCUGAGCUUGCCACAGCCAGAGCCAGGACAGACAGCACGGCCAUGGGCUCUCUGCUGUACUACGCCCUGCCCGCUCUAGGCAGCUAUGUCAUGCUCUCCAUCUUCUUCCUGCGCCGGCCUCGCCUGCUGCACACACCCCAGGCUCCGGCCUUCUGUCCCCACCUGGCAGCCCAUCGGGGAGGAUCUGGAGAGCGGCUGGAGCACACCAUGGAGGCCAUGGAGAACUCCAUGGCCCAGCAAGCAGACCUCCUGGAACUCGACUGCCAACUGACACGGGACGGUGUGGUGGUAGUGUCGCAUGACAAGAACCUGUCCUGCCAGUCAGGUGUGAAUAGGGAUGUGGGCAGCCUGGACUUUGAGGAGCUGCCCUUUUAUAAGGAGGAGCUGGAGGUUUACUUCUCACCAGGCCACUUUGCACAUGGGUCAGACCGGCACAUGGUGAGUCUGGAGGACGUGUUCCAGAGAUUCCCUCGGAUGCCCAUGAGCGUGGAGGUCAAAGAGGAAAAUGAAGAGCUCAUUCACAAGAUAGCAGACCUAGUGAGGCACUUUGACCGCAAUGAAAUCACCAUCUGGGCCUCAGAGAAGAGCUCAAUCAUGAAGAAGUGCAAGGCUGCUAACCCUGAGAUGCCGUUCUCCUUCACACAAAGCCGAGGAUUCUGGCUGCUGCUGCUCUAUUAUCUGGGGCUGCUGCCCUUCAUGCCAAUCCAGGAAAGAUUCCUCAUCAGCUUCCUACCCACCAUCAUCAACAGGACCUAUUUCCCAUUCUCCUGCCCAGGUCUGAACCAGUUGGCAGCUGUGGUUUCCAAAUGGUUCCUUAUGAGGAAAAGUCUGAUCCAACACCUGGAGCAGCGAGGAGUGCAGGUGAGGCUUGACCACCACCCCUCAGCAAGGAGGUGGCUCUCAAGUGUGGGCCUAGCACAGCCCUUCAGUCAUAGCUCUGCUACUCAGCAACUGGGUCACUUGGGCAGGUCACUCUCUGUGUCUCAGUUUCUUCAUCUGUAAAAUGGGGAGAAUGGUAUAUUUAACUCUUCUCCGUUGUACUGGUACUUGGUAAGGGCUUGAUAAGUGCUAGCCAUUCUGAUAACAAUGAUGAGUCGAACCUACUGCCCUGACUCCUAUUGAGGGGGGCUGGGGAAAGACCAAGAAAAGGAAAAAAUCCAGCCCAGCCCCCUCCCUCCCCCAACCCUGAGCAUCAGCUUUGACCAAUCCAUUUACUUAGCAAACCUUUGUUGAGAAUUUCUAGGCACUGUGGUACCAGGGACAGAGCAGGGAGCUUACUAUUAAAGACAAGAGGAAGGAAAUGAAGCAGUUUAUCACAGCAGUCUGAAAGGAAACCAUGCUAUGGUCUGUGGGACUAGAGAUGGCCUCUGGAAGACAUGAGGAGCUGGUUCGUCAGAAGAGGAAGAUGACAGCAUCUCAAGCAGGAGCCUCAGCAUAUGGGAAGGCCAGGAGGAACAAGAGAGGGUUUCCACCAGGCUGUGGUCUGGAGGAAGAACGUGAAGAGAACUGGAGAAGGCAGGAGAGGAUGAGACAGGCAGCCGGUGAACCUCAGUAAGGAGCCUGGACUUCAGCCAAAAGGGAAGGGAAGCUUUUGAGGUGCUUAAGCAGGGGAGAGGUUUUAUCCAGUUGAGGUUUGUUGAGGGUCCUGUCCCUCUGGUCACUGUGUGAAGUGAUCGUGGGGGCCAGUGUGGAAGCAAGAGGGUCCAUCGGGAUGCUGAUGCUGCCAUGGACAGGCCUCAGGCUUAGGUGCCAGCAAUGGGGAUGGAUGGAAGUGUUAACUCAGACAGGCUGGGGCUCAGGGAUGGAGGGGAUGUAGGGUA